AGCAAUACCUUCUGAUUCGAAUGAACAAAAAUCCAACAUUAUCGUGACGAAUCACCUGCAAACGUUGUUGCUAGUGAUAAUACUUUCAUACUUUUGCAAUACGCACAUUGCCAUAAAAACCAGAAUAUUCAAACGAAGAUAAAAAUGAUUGCAUACUAUCUCCUAUUCUUGGGUGUUUUCCUAGCGACUACUGUCACCGCAAUCGGUAAUGAUUCGGAUUUGAACCAAAUACUAGGCGAAGGCAAAGGCGAGAAAACCGUUGGAGCCUUGCGCGGGGGCAGGUUCGGCAAUGGCAAGAAAUCAGUCGUACCAAGCAGUUCGGAUACCCUGCGAGAAGACGACACCAUGAAAAACAUUCGACUUCUCUCGUUUGGCGGGGAGCAAAUCAAAGAAGCUAACGGCGAAGCUACUAUCAUUGAUGAAGUGAAACACGUGAUGAUCGCUUGCAAGUCAACCGAAAACGAAUACUCUUGCAGGAAUCGUAUCUGGGAUGCGAUCCCGGAGGAAGCACAAGAUCGCUUUCGUUUCACCAAUUACUUGCAAUUGCCGAAUGUCCAUGCUGCGGAGAUCCGAGGAGACACCUCUAUUCUUGACAAUCUCGAAGGAGUUGUUGAUGAUGCUCCGCGCGAAACCAUGCACAUAAAAGAUUCCAUUCAGGUGCAUAGAUCAUUGCAGUCCAGCGGCCAGGCAAUUCCUUACGGGAUUGAGAUGGUAAAGGCAACAGAAGUUUGGGAAAAGUUUCAAACAAAAGGAGAGAAUGUUAGAAUCUGUGUUAUGGACACGGGCGUCCAUCGAGACCAUCCAGAUCUCGACUCCAACCGCCUCUUCGGAUACGAUGGCAACGAAUUGGUACAACCAUGGUGGCGCGAUACAGAUGGGCACGGUACCCACGUAACAGGUACUAUUGCGGCGAGCGAUAACAAUCAAGGAGUCGUGGGGGUUGCUCCAGGUGCAGAAAUAUUUACCGCUCGCGUCUUCAGUACCAAUGGUCAAUUCUUUAGUUCCAACAUCAUCGCUGCACUCCAGGUUUGUAAGGAUGGCGGUGCUAAGGUUAUUUCAAUGAGUCUUGGUGGAACCGUCUCUAUAGGCUACGAGCAGCAGGCAUACGAAGAUCUAGAAAAGAAAUUUGGAAUCGUUACGGUGGCAGCGUCAGGGAAUACUGGUGGUUACGAUUUUCUUUAUCCAGCUGCUUACGACAACGUUAUCAGUGUUGCUUCCGUCAACUGGAACGGCGAUCGCUCCUCGUUCUCCACUCGAAACAACAAGUUGGAUGUUGCUGCUCCUGGGAGCAGUAUUGUAAGUUACAAAUAUAUGUGCAUUGGUUAUGCGAUUCGACCUACGACAAUAACUGAUCUUCUUCGCUUCUUUGUUUCAUUCUUCAUAGCUAAGCACAUGGGAAAAUGGAAGUUAUGCUACCGUUAGUGGAACUUCUAUGGCUUGCCCUCACGUUUCUGGUGUGGUCGCCCUUAUGCUGAGUGUGAACCCAUCCGCAACACCAGCAGAGCUUAUUUCUGCAAUCCAAACUUCCGCCGAGAACCCCAGCACAACUGGAAAAGACUCUUAUAUUGGUUACGGUAUUGUGAAUGCCCUUGCCGCUGUCGAGGCCAUAUCAAAUAACGAUAGCAAUAACAACGAUAGCAGUAACGAUAGUGUUCCUGGGAAUGUCGAUGAAAACAACAGUAGCUCCAAUAGUGGUGCUGGAAGUAGUACGGGAAACGACGCUUCGGGUUGUGUUGAUCUCGUGAUUACUCUCCGCACAGAUAGAUACGCCUAUGACACGUAUCACUGGUUACAGGAAGGAAGUCAAACUUUAUUUCAUCACACGAAUCUUGACAGCUUUCAAACGUAUCAAUUUACAUCAUGCAUUGAUCCACUCCAGUGCACGAUAUAUAAUAUCCGAGAUAAAUUUGGAGAUGGAAUUAGCGGGGAGGGGUUAGAAAUCAAAUAUGGCGGUGAGGUAGUAUAUUCAGGCGGCAAUUUCGGUGUUGGUGGAAUCAAAUAUCUUGGUAGUUGUUCACAAGGAUCGUGAAGAAUUUUAGCUCUGCCGAGAAGACAAAUUAUAAUCACGCUAGUGUUUAUCGUUGGUUUCUUCUCAAUAUUGACGAAGCAUUAGGAUGUGACUAUGAUCGUAUGAUGAUCGAACGUCCAUGAAGGAAGAUUUGGUAGUAAGAUUGGGUAGUGAAUAUAUGAUCUCUACUAACAGCUAGUAACGGAAUAUAUACAUUAUAUUGUG